CUGUGGUCGGCGGGCGCGAGCCGUCAGUCCGGGAAGGCGCACCGAUGAGGGAGCACGCGUCGCGCUCUCCGGCCGACACGACGAACGCGCGCUCGCGAGUGUCUACCGCUGCCGCCGAGUUUAUUUGAGAACUUUGUUUUAUUUUAAUUAGUGGCUUGUGAACAUGAGGUGUUUAGUGGUGUUGUUGUUGUUGGCGGGCUGUGCGAGCCUGUCGGCCGCCGCCGGCCUGCCCUGCGCCCUGUCCCUGGACUUCUUCGGCAGGCACAACGUAACAGCUGAUGAUAAAGACGUACCAGGUCAAAUAUGCGGCGGACAUUGUUGCGGCAGGGGGCGCGAGCUGCAGGUGCAGACCGCACUGCGACGCGCAGCCGAGGUCAGCACCACUGGGCCUGUACAGAGGACCGGGAACCUGCUGCUCAAUACCAAGAGGUCUUUACAAGAUCACCUCAUGGGAUUAUCGCAUCUGUCACAGAACAAGACAGCCACGUUGUUCACGCAGCUGUACCGAGGACACGCGACGCGGACGGUCAUGCCUCUAGCGAACCUUUACGACGACAUCCGAUUAAUUUUACGAUCCGAAGGGGAUCUCUCCACCGAAGGCCUCAGUGCUGGACCACCGAAGGACCUGACCGUUACUACGAAGAAGUUCUUCAGAGAGCUGUUCCCUGUGGCCUACCACAAUGUGCUGAAGCUGGACGCCAAGCAGUUCACGCCUGAUUACGAAAUAUGCCUCAAGGACGCAUAUGAUGCGGUCCAGCCAUUUGGAGAUGUGCCACAACAGCUUGGUACGUCGUUAGCGCGGUCGCUGGAGGCGGCUAGAGCGCUGCUGCAAAUGUUGGCAGUGGGGGCUGAUACGCUGUCGGCUGCUGAGCAUGUGCUGGCCAGUGGGGCUGAUAACUGCGCUGAAAGACUGCUGCGGACUGGCGGCUGCUCGCGCUGCCACGGUCAUGAAGCCAGGCCUUGCAGAAACUACUGCCUUAAUGUGGCAAGGGGGUGCAUCGGUUCUCUACUGUCGGAGCUGGACGGUCCCUGGGCAGGCUACGUGGAAGGCGUGGAGAGACUCACCAAGGUGGACGCAGACGUCGCCCUCAGGGAGCUGGAGACGAAGGUCUCCAAAGCCAUAAUGUACGCGCUCGAGAACAGGGCUGUCUCAGAAAAUAAGGUCCGUCAAGAAUGCGGUCCUCCAUCCACAAUGGACAAGCCGGGUUCAUCUUCAGCCCAGCCCACAGCUGGUCCGAUCCGUCGCGACAACCUCCGAGCCCCACCACCAGACACGGAACUCCUUCAGUUCGCAGCGACCCUGGCAUCCACGAAGAAACUGUUCGCCGGACUCUCUGAUAGGAUCUGUGAUGAACCAGAUUUUGCUGCCGAUGAUAAUGAAAAGUGUUGGAAUGGAAUCGCUGUUGCAGAUUACACAAAGCCGGUGGUAGCGUCUGCCUCACUGAGUGACCAGAAAUACAACCCGGAGAUCAGCGGCAGUCCGCCACAGGACUCAAGAGUCGCCAGCUUAGGAGACAGAUUGCAGCAAGCUAGACAGUUGCUAGUGACGUACUCACGUAGCAAGGAGCUCUCUGCGGAGGCGUUCAUGCAGGGAGACGAAGCAGGAGAGGAGGGGUCAGGAUCUGGUCGCAGCUACCCUGAGGACUACGACUCUGAAGGGUCGGGAGACGACGGCUCCGGCGACCAUGAAGGACAAAACAGACCGAAUCUGAACGAGUCACCUCCCGACUCUUCAACACCGAAGGUCUUCAACGGCGCCAGUCCUCGACACAGCGCGUCCCUACUAGUGCCGGUACUAUGCGCACUGGUCGCAUCCGUCGCACGACUCACCUAGGCCUCGUCGCAGCGCACGUAAGAAUAACCAUAUCAUUUUGUGUGACGUCAUGAGUGAUCGUGUGUUUGACUGCCAAGCACGGAGCUCAGCCUCUCGUGCCGUCUCGCUCACACGUACGAGCGAGCCCGCUGUGCGAGUGCGAGGAACAUAGUGUAGUGACGCAAUAAAAGACACGUGAGUGAUGCGUAGUGCGAGCGUUCGUUGUAGCUAGUCCUGAACUACGGUAGUACCCGUCGCCAGAUUUCCGCGUAUUUACAAAGAUGUUUGAUAAGAUUUUAUAAUGAAAUCUCGUAACGAUGCACGCGACAUCUCGUUGCAUAUAAGGUAUUUUAACGUUUGUAAAUGUACACUGAUGUACAGUGCAUAUCCCAGUUAAUGUACAGUGCAUAUCGAUGUUGUCUUCAUUUUGUAAAUAUUUUUUUGAACAUUCUUCUUAGACUUAGGUGAAAAUAUACAUUGUAAUGGAAGCUCUGCAUUUAAACAUUUCGACGUGAAAUUGUGAACUUUAUUGUCAUAAUAAUUAAUAAAUUAUUUGAAAGUCUUUAAUCACUGUUGACACUAGCUGAUUGGCAAUAAUUUUAUUAAGAGAAUGUAUAACGAUUAGAAGCGAGUGAGAACUCUUAAAUAAGGAUUGUGUGUACAGAUUGUGUAAAUACCUGAAAUCCUACUGGUCUAGGUGCUUAGCUAGUAAAUAUAUUUCGUUGCCAUAUUAAUAUUACGGAUAUUAUUAUUUAUAAUAUUAAUUAAGUCAUAAUUUAAACUAAUAUUAUGUUAUGUGAUACUGAUUAGUUGGUAAGUUGGUGCACUCGAUGCAUUGUAUUGUUUAUAUACGGUUUGUUCGAGCAUUAUAUAGCUGAUUAAGUAUUUAAAUCCAACAUCUAAAUGCAAAUACAAAGUUCCGACAUAACAAAGUAAACGAUAUUAUUAUAAAUAGCUGUACGUUUGUUGUGUAUACAUUGUUUACUGCAGGCCUAAAUACCCGUGUUUAUCUGUCUACAAAUAUAUCAUUUCUAUAUAAUACACAAGUAACUGUAGGAGGAAACAAAAUGACAAGAUGAAAGAAAAAAAUAUAAAAUAAAAAUAUAAGUUAUAUUGUAGCAAUAAAAUACGUUUGUAAAUUGCUUUAAAGAUUAGUGAAUAUAUAUGAAGUGUUGCGGUCAUGUAAUGGCUGCGGUUUGUAUGUAUCGUAGAUAAUAUGGAGUGUUAUGUGAGGACCAUUUGGAAUGUACGCCAUGUCGCUACCGCUACCACCGUAAAGCUGUAAUACCGUGCCACUUACAUAGCCAAUACGAUUUAAUGACUUGUGAAACUUGCAAUUAAAUUCUCGUUGGGAUAUAUGAAUUGAUAAGUCUCUACAAAUUAACUAAAAAUCAUGGUUUACUCACGUAAAUUAAUGGAAAAAGGUCUACAUAGAAAAGCAUCGUCUGCGCACGCUGCUUAUGAGAAGAGUCCCUCUGUGACUCGAAACUAGUAGAGCUUUUCUCCAUUAAUUUACGUGAGUAAACUGAAAUGUUUAGUUAAUUUAGAAUGUCUCACGAUAGUUAUUAUAAAAGUUUCUACAAAAUAAGUUACAGAAAGGGACUCAAACUUAUAGCCUCUAAAUAGUCCGAGUCUCAUUUGUGUUACUUAUUCAAAAUGUAUCAAUUCUAUAUCAUAUCAAACUAGUAAAAACUAUAAAAGAUAUUAAUUUUCAUUAUUAUUAGCACAGUGGACCAUAAAUUAAACAUUAAACGUCACUUGCACAUCACUAAAUAAUCAAAUAACAAUGUCACUUCUAGGUUGCCAUCAGAAAAAAAAAACAGAAUGUCAGUUAACAUUAGUGACGUUUAAUUCUGUUUACGAAAUUCAAUUUUUAAUUUAUUAUUGAGAUAAUAUCGUUCAAAUUUGUCUAGUAUGGUGUUAUUAUAGUCGACUGUACUGAAAUUGUGAAAGUCCAAAGAAUACUGUCUGACAAGAAAAAUUGUAAAAUUACAAGAAUACUUGUAACUGGAAAAUUCUAGAAUAACAUACAAAUUCAUAAAUACACAUACAGAUAGGUAUACAAAAAUAGUUGUGUUCACAAGUCAUUAAACAAUAACCCUGUGUAUUAAGUUUGAAGGGGGUUGUCGAAUAAGUUUUCGCGUUUGAUCCGAGCUCUAGCCCCUUGACCGAGAAACUCGAGUAUGUUGAUCAGUUUCAAGUGUCGUUUUAGGAAAUUGCGCUCUUCGGGACAACGGGGAAAAUGUUCACAACCUUGACCUUUAUUGGUCUUUAUUGAGAACAAAUAACAACAACUAAGUUGGUGUUAUUGUCUUGCCUUGAUUUUUUAUUGAUUUUUCAUAUCACAUGUAAAACACAUGUAAAACAAAGAAAUAAAUGAAAUAUAAACUACUUAGAUAAAAAUAACGUAAUUAUCCUUCAGUAUCGAACUGAAGCGCAAAUGUAAAGAAAUACCGUAUUUGAAAAGUUGAUACAACGUCAAAGAAGAUUGUUGAACUUAUCACAUCUCACCCUUUCAAAGUACGCAGCGUUUAUUGUAAAGAGAAGAGCGUAGUACGCGCAGUACGCGGCUCGGGAUUACAUAAACCGUACAACGUAUCGCUUUUAUAAAGGCGGAACAAAGCGUAGCGACAUGUAACCCAAAACUCAAUGUAAAUAUUGUUGGAGAGUAUAUAGAGUGGAGUCGAGACAAUUGCUGUUAUAUCUGAGUAUAUAAUAUGGAAAUAAAUUCUGUACUAUA